AUGAAGACUCUUGCUGUACUGGCGCUGAGCGCCAUUGUCUGCCCUUCAGCUUGGGCACUCAAGCCGGUUGACGCAACGGAGAAGUUCUUGAUUGAAACCGCUCCUGGAGAAACCCGUUGGGUUACAGAGGCCGAGAAGUUCGAACUAAAAGAGCUAGUUAUGAUGCAGAAAGUCGUUAGUGCAACCAAGCUGACACCCCGUUUUGUUUGGAAGAAACACAUCGACUUCUUCGACAUUACAGACGAACAGGACCUGGACUUUAGCUUUGCCGCCGAGAAAGUCCUUGCCCAAUUUCCUACGCAAUUGAGAUAUGUGGCAGAAGCAAAACCUCUGGCAGCCCGUUUGUCUAAGGACACUAUGCGGAGGAACCUCGAGAGGUUCUCUUCUUUCCACAAUCGCUACUACAGAUCGCAAACCGGAGUACAAUCCGCAAAUUGGCUGUUCGAACAGGCCAAUGCGAUUGUCUCGAACUCAGGAGCAGCGAGACGCGGUGCGACUGUGAGGAAAUUCUCGCAUAACUUCCAGCAGCCUAGUAUUAUCGUCACCAUUCCUGGAAGGAGCAGGAAUACCAUCGUGGUUGGUGCUCAUCAGGACAGCGUCAACAGCAGAUCACCCACCAAUGGCCGUGCCCCCGGAGCUGACGAUAAUGGAAGCGGUUCGAUCACUAUCCUUGAUGCUCUCCGUGCUCUUUUGACAUCGCCGAAAAUUGCCCAGGGAGAGGCGCAGAACACGAUUGAAUUUCACUGGUAUGCUGGCGAGGAAGCGGGCUUGCUCGGCUCACAAGACAUUUUCAGACGAUACAGGUCCGAAGGCCGUGCUGUCAAGGCCAUGCUUAACCAAGAUAUGACCGGAUUCACCAGACGUAGAGAGAGUGCUGGAUUGCCAGAAGCUUUCGGCGUGAUCACUGACAACGUCGAUGCUGGUUUGAGCGAGUUCUGUAGACUGGUCAUUAGAGGAUACACUGAUAUAACCUUCGUCAACUCCAGCUGUGGAUACGCCUGCUCCGACCACGCGUCUGCCACCAGGAAUGGCUACCCAUCAGCAUUCAUUUUCGAGGCCGAUCAGCCACACUCCAACCCUAGCAUUCACACGACAAAUGAUGUCAUCGGCAACGUCAACUUCGACCACGUAGAGCAACACGGGAAGCUGGUCAUUGGCUUUGUUUACGAACUUGCGUUUACCAACCUUUAAAGGGGAAAACGCCUUGAGCAUGACGACAAACUAUGAACUGUCUUUUAUAGCUUUCCAGGUCCUUAUAUAUAUGCAUUAUAUAUAUUUGCUUUUGAGGGCUCCUAUCUAUAUUUGAGCAAUGCCCAAGUCCUCGAGUUCACACCUAGUUUUGCAUGGAGUCAAAAUUUGUCUAGUAGUCACAAACUCACAGGUUAUGACCUGAAUUGCAAAGGAGAAACAAGGGAUGUUCUUAGGGGUUUAUAGUCAGGAUUGCUGGGGAGUGUAACGAAGGGAGUAGAGAGGUACUCCGUACUUCGUACAGCUCAAGGCAUAUGAUAGAGCAACCAUCAAGAAUUUUUUUGAGGAGUCAGCAGGACAACUGUGAGGGGGCCCAUCCGGACCGUGGAAAAGAGGGUCAUAAGACAUGAUCGAGUAGACAAUCAGGGGGUAAUUAGCUAGGACUAACAUAUCCAGAUGGCCUUUACCUCUUUGCAAUUGCCAUAUAGGAUUCCAAUUCGCUGAUCCAGAGAAGCCCAGUACUAUAGGAUUCAACAUGUAGUACGGUAGUUGGUAUGCUCUCGUGACGAGAGCCAUUAUCCACCCUAAGAAUCUUACCACAAGUGUCGAUCAGCCACAUUGCGAUUCGCCGAGAGACUGAGCCUGUUAUCAAAUCGAGCGCAGCAUUGUUGGAAUUUCUGAGAUAUACUGGUCAGGAGCUUCGGAUUAAAGAAUGUUAUAAACUAUUUCUAGUCUGA